AUGUGGUUGAAGAAAAAAAUGGGUCUCAAACAAUGGAAUUACGAGCAAAUGAAAGGAGUCUUCUCUUCUACCUUCUAUCUCUCUCUCUCCUUUUUCAUCACUGCUCUCUUCUUGUUUAAGCUCGCAAGAAGCUCCAAACCCAAAACCAAUCUGAAUCUGCCUCCAUCUCCCCCAAAGCUACCAUUCAUUGGCAAUCUCCAUCAGUUUGGCACACUGCUGCCACAUCGAUCUCUUCGAGAUCUCUCUCUCAAAUAUGGUGAUAUGAUGAUGUUGCAGCUGGGGCAGAUGCAAACUCCAACCCUUGUGGUUUCAUCUGUAGAUGUGGCCACGGAAAUAUUGAAAACUCACGACCUAACCUUUUCGGACCGACCCCAAAACACCGCUGCAAAAAUCUUACUCUAUGAAUGCACAGACGUUGGCUUCUCAGUCUAUGGAGAAAAGUGGAGACAGAAAAGAAAAAUAUGCGUGCUUGAACUUCUAAGCACCAAAAGGGUGCAAUCAUUCCGUCACAUCAGGGAAGCAGAAGUUGCGGAGUUGGUGAACAAGCUACGUGAAGCUAGCUCGAGUGGUGCAAGUUGCGUGAAUCUAACUGAGAUGAUUAUGUCAACAUCAAACAAUAUUGUGUGCAAAUGUGCUUUUGGAAGGAAGUUUGGAGAAGAUGGUGACAAAAGAGUGAAAGAGUUAGCAAGGGAAACUAUGAUUCAUCUCACAGCAUUCACAGUGAGAGAUUACUUCCCUUGGCUGGGUUGGGUUGAUGUUGUCACUGGAAAAAUUGAGAAAUACAAGGCCACUGCUGGAGCAAUGGAUGCUUUAUUUGAUGAGGCAAUUACAGAACGUUUGAGGGCGAAAAGGGAAGGUGAACACUCCAAAAGGAAAGACUUCAUGGAUAUCCUCCUCCAACUUCAAGAGGAUGACAUGCUGAGCUUCGAGCUCACCAAAAAUGACCUCAAAGCACUUCUAGCGGACAUGUUUGUGGGAGGCACUGACACAACUUCAUCGGCGUUAGAAUGGGCUAUGUCAGAGCUUUUAAGAAAUCCAACUGUAAUGAAAAAAGUACAAGAAGAAGUGAGAAGAGUUGUAGGUCAUAAAUCAAAUGUAGAAGAAAAGGAUAUUCAUGAAAUGCAUUACUUAAAGUGCGUAAUCAAAGAAACUCUAAGAAUACACCCUCCAACUCCUCUUUUGGCUCCUCGAGUAACAAUGUCCGAUGUAAAACUGAAAGGAUAUGAUAUUCCAGCAAAAACAAUGGUCUAUAUCAAUUCAUGGGCAAUGCAAAGGGACCCCAAAUUUUGGGAAAAUCCAGAGGAGUUCAUGCCAGAGAGAUUUGAAAAAAGUGAAGUUGAUUUUAAAGGUCAAGAAGAAUUUCAAUUCGUUCCAUUUGGUUUUGGGAGAAGAGGAUGUCCUGGAAGGUACUUUGCCAUUGCUUCUAUGGAGUGUAUCCUUGCUAACCUUCUUUAUUGGUUUGAUUGGGAGUUGCCAGAAACUGAUACCCAAGAUAUAAUAGAUAUGGACGAGGUAUUUGGACUUAUUGUCUCAAAGAAACUACCACUUCUCGUUAAACCAAAAACCUUUUCAUUUUAA